AUGAUAAUACCUACUUCUGUCCUCGACCGCCGUAGAAGCCCAAGUCCUGCGGCGGCGGAGGAGAAGCCCGUCAUCGCUGCGUUGGAGAUUACCGGUGGUGAUAACCAGUUUCCCGUAGAUGAUCAUGCCAUGCGUUCCAUGGAUUGGGAUUCGAUCAUGAGAGAAUUGGAAUUAGAUGACGAUUCCGCGCCUAGUUUGAAAUCCAACUUCCCUCCUCCGUCUUCCAUUUCGCCGCACUUCGCCGUCGAUCCACAGCUUCCUGUUUUUCCCGAUCAGCUUCAUCCGGCGGAGUUUCGGUCCUCCGAUGUUUAUCCGGGACAAGGGUACGGGUUUGAUAACAACGAAGGUAGCGUCAAUGGAGGAUUUGAUUUCAUAGAAGAUCUCUUACGAGUUGUGGACUGUGUCGAAUCGGACGAGUUGCAACUCGCUCAGGUAGUAUUGUCGCGGCUCAAUCAAUGUCUCAGGUUGCCGGCGGGUAGGCCGCUUCAGAGAGCGGCGUUUUACUUCAAAGAAUCUCUCGGAUCGCUUUUAACCGGGUCGACCCGGAAUCAAAACCGGUUAGCUUCAUGGACCGAGAUCGUUCAGAGAAUACGGGCAAUCAAAGAAUUCUCCGGGAUUUCUCCGAUACCUCUCUUCUCUCAUUUCACGGCGAAUCAAGCAAUUCUCGAUUCCCUCCAACAAUCUUCCUCCCAGUUCGCACACGUCGUGGAUUUUGAGAUCGGAUUCGGCGGUCAAUACGCGUCGCUCAUGAGAGAGAUCGCCGAUAAAUCAUCAAUCAACGGCGGAUUUCUGAGAGUCACGGCGGUUGUACCGGAAGAAUCCGCCGUCGAGACGCGUCUUGUCAAAGAGAACCUAGCUCAAUUCGCCGCAGAUCUGAAAAUCCGAUUCCAGAUCGAAUUCGUUCUGAUGCGAACCUUCGAGAUGUUAUCUUUCAAAGCGAUCAGAUUCGUGGAAGGAGAGAGAACCGUCGUUAUGCUUUCGCCGAUGAUUUUCCGUCGUUUAAACGGAAUCUCCGGUUUCGUUAACGAUUUACGGCGAGUUUCACCGAAGGUCGUCGUCUUCGUGGAUAGCGAAGGAUGGAAUGGAAUCUCCGGAGCUGGAUCAUUCCAGAGAGAGUUCGUUAGUGGUCUCGAGUACUACACGAUGGUGUUGGAGUCUCUCGACGCCGCCGCUCCGACUGGAGAUCUGGUGAAGAAGGUUAUAGAAGCGUUUGUGUUGCGACCUAAAAUCGCGGCGGCGGUUGAAGCGGCGGCGAAUAAGAGACAAGCGGGUGGAGAGAUGACGUGGCGAGAGGCGUUUUGUGCGGCGGGGAUGAGGUCGAUUCCGUUGAGCCAGUUUGUCGAUUUUCAAGCUGAGUGUUUAGUGGAGAAGGCACAAGUCAGAGGGUUCCACGUGGCGAAACGUCAGGGAGAGUUAGUGCUUUGUUGGCACGAAAGGCCUUUGGUCGCCACGUCAGCUUGGCGGUUUUAA